AUGCCAUCCCCAAGCCGAACCAACCGCUUCCAGUCCUUCACCCCCCUCCGCUCCACAACCGGCUCCCUCCGCCGCCUGAAAACCGCCUUCUCCCCCGUCCGCUCCCAGCGCUCCACAUCCCCCAGCUCCAGCAUCAGCACAUCGACCACAUCGCCGCUGACCCGGAACUCGUCACCGCACAGCUACCGCUCUUCAGCUGCCAGUAUCCGCCACAUGCUCGCUCUGCGCCGCAAGCCCAGUGUGCUCGAGUUCGAAAUGGAGGAGGAGAAGCAUCUCUUCGAACAGGAGUUGGAUGUGUUGGAGCCUAGGCCGAGUGUUGGUCUGAGCUAUGGUCACGCUCGUGGGAGGAGUGUGAGUGAGGUGCAUGUUGUGGGCAUCUUUGAGGUCUUGGAUGGGACGUGCUAG